AGAGUUGAUAUCAAUCAAAGCGACGCAGGUGAAGACGAGGACAAUAUCACGAGAUCUACCCCCACCGAAAAAUUCAAUCCUCGUAACGUUUCUUCCAAAUAUGACUUCGUUAAGGUGAAGGUCUGGUUGGGUGAAAAUGCCGAUCAUUAUUAUGAUUUAUCCAGGUUUCUGCUUAGCAGAAUGUUAACGGUCACUAAGAUUCCGAAUCAUGUCGCUGUUAAAAUCGCUCUUGAGCUCAAGAAGCUGCUUAUAGACAACAUCCUUUUAGAUAUCUCGCAAUCCGAUUUAGAGGCUAAUCUUUUUAAGCUAAUACAGUGGCGAGGUUAUGGGUUAGCCUAUGUAAACCGGUACAAGAUGAUGACCAAAUUUCACCAUCAGAGAGUUCCUUUGGUUAUUCUUGUUUGUGGAACUGCCUGUGUUGGGAAGUCUACAAUAGCUACACUACUUGCACAGAGGCUAAACUUGCCAAAUGUCUUACAGACUGAUAUGGUUUAUGAAUUGCUACGCACAGCAACCGAUGCACCAUUAGCAUCUACUCCUGUAUGGGCACAGAAUUUUAGCUCCCCCGAGUUAAUUACUGAAUUUUGCCGUGAAUGCAGGAUAGUUCGCAAAGGGUUGAAUGGAGAUCUAAAAAAGGCAAUGAAAGAUGGAAAGCCAAUUAUAAUCGAGGGAAUACAUUUGGACCCUAGCAUUUAUUUAAUCAAUGAUGAGCUUAAAACACCUACCUCUGUGAAUGGACCACCCCCGCUGUCCAUGGCAUUAUCUGCAGUGCAAAUGGAAAAUAAUUUAACUACUACUUCUCAAAGUAAUACAGAAAAUGGCCAUGACCAUCUUGUGCAUGUGGCUGAAGACGUAUCAGUUGACAAGGUGAACAAAGUCUCAGAAUCUUUAAAGUCAAUCGCUCUAGCAACUGCUUCUGGUGGUAAAGGUGAAACUGUUAAGGUACCAGAAGGAAAUGGAAAUACUGCUAGCAAAGAAAAAUCUGGCCCUAAACCAAUAGUAAUACCGGUAGUACUGAAGAUGUCUGAAUUUAAUCACAAGACAUUACUAGAGGAGAGAAUCGCUACUCAUACAUUAUCCAGGUAUUAA